CCGACCCUUUCCUUUUCCAAUUCGGAGUCUGAGCUUCUUACUCUGAAAUCUGUGUGGGUCUUGCGUUUCAUAAGGGAUUUCCAAUUGCACUCGCUUCGCUUAGAUCACUCUUAGUUUCUGCGUUAUAUCCGUCUCUUUCUGGGUUUUGCGCUUCAGAAUUGCAGCUAUGGGUUGCGAUUCUAAAAGAAGGCGUAGAGAGGAUGUGGGUGACACAACGAUUUCAUCAUCCAAGAAGCAAAAGCUGAUGCCGAUGACAGGUUUGGAGCAGACCCAAAAGCUUCUUUGUUGCGGGAUCUUGCAGGAGCUAAUUGAUCACCGUCAUGGCUCUGUGGCUGUUCGAAUCCCUGAUUCUCAGGAGGUUCGAAGGCCUAUGGAUCUGUCCACCGUCAAAUCCAAGUUGGAGAGAGACAACUACUCCAGUAUUGAUGCCUUUGUGGCCGAUGUCAAGCUUACCUUCCAAAACGCGUCAUGGUAUUACUCUCUUGGAGAAAAACAGCGUGCAAUGGCCAAGAAUCUUGGUAAGGUUUUUGAGGCUAAGUGGAAAUUACGGUUUCCUGAAACUAGGUGUUCAACCUUGAAAGCUUCUUGUGCUAGUUUGGAUAGGUCUGUGUCUGCUAUUAGUCGUGUGAGUCCAUUAAGUCUUCAACAACUCAACAACAACAACAAAAGAGGGGCCAAGAGGUCAUCCAGAAACCUUGACGAAGAGAAGGGUUCUGCUUCUGCUAUCACUUGUGCAGUGGAUAAAGAUAAGGAACACCGAAUCAAGCGCGGCCUUGACCAAGAGAAGGGUUCUGCUUCUGCUAUCACUUGUGCAGUGAAUAAAUAUAAGGAGCUCCGAAUCAAACGGCUAAGGGAACAGGCUCGUAAGGAAAUUUUGAGGGUUGAAGAGGCUGCUCGAUUGAAAGUCGAGAAUCCUUUACAAGAUCUUCAACAACUCAACUUGUUGUGCAGUGGUGGCAUCAAACAGGAUUCUUGUUACAGGGUGUAUCGUUGGUUGACACUUGACAAGUUGGGCAUCUAUUUGAAGAGGGAUGAACUUGAACAUGUUUAUGAAGAGGAUGAAUUUCGCAUUGGAGAUUGGGAAGAAGAUGGAGAACAGAGUCCACAAACAACAAAAUAUUACAUCCACAUAUGGUGGCAUAUCAUCAUCAUCAAGUACAUACUGCUACGUAGCAAAAUUUAUUCUAUGUACAAAAAUUCAUGUAAUCGUGACAGAAACUUUGACUGUUAUCAAAAUGAGAUUUCUGCUUUUUGCUCCCUUUGACUGUUAUCAAAAUGAGUGCUGAAAAUCUGUGUAUGAUCUGUUAAUCUUUCAAUUGCAUAUUUGGCUGGAUAUUCUUA